CGUUUCCCGUGUUCCACACCGUUGGACCAUUUUCUCUGCAUUUUCCUGGAAAUUUUCCCUCUUCUCCACGAUUGCGAACCCUAACCCUAGCUUGUUACGAUGAUCGAUUCGGUUGUGGAGGUGCCUCCUCCGGCGAUCGAUCCCGACCCUAACUGCUCUUCCGAGUUUGACUCAGUCGCAAUCCCUCCGUUCGAUCAUCUAUUCCUCACCGGCUCCGAUCAGGAACCUGUUGGAAAUCUGACUUCUGAUCUAUGGAUUUCUCUUGAUGGCGACGAAGAAUUCGACCUCACUCUUGACGGCAUUGACGAUCUCUACUUUCCGGCUGAAAACGAGACGUUUUUCAUCCCUGCUACUGCCGCUACAGACCGAGAGCAUUUCGGAGAUUUUACGCCGGAGUCCGAGGGUUCUGGGAUUUCUGGAGAUUGUAUUCCGGGCGACGAAGAUAAGAACGCGAAUUACUUGUCAUCUUCGUCAGGCUGCUCCGAUCGAGAAUCACACAGGGAUUCCGGCGAUCGGUGCUCCGGUGAAGAGAGGAGUUUGAAUCCUCCGUCGCCGAUUUCGUCUCAGGGGUCGGGUAAUUGCGGGUCCGGUGUUUCGGUGACCAUGAACGCGCUCUCUCCUGAAUCAGAAACCUUGAUGGUGGAGCAGAAGGUUAAGGUGGAGGAAGGAGGUACCGCGCCCAUUACCAAAAGGAAGAAAGAGAGCGAAGAGGAUACGAGUGGAGACUCCAGGACAAGUAAGUGCAGGAGAUCGGGUGAUAAUGCCUCUGCCAGUGAUGUGACCACCGAAGAAGAUGAGAAGAGGAACGUCAGGUUGAUGAGAAACCGUGAAAGCGCUCAGCUUUCGAGGCAGAGGAAGAAACAUUACGUCGAGGAGCUGGAAGAAAAGGUUAGGACUAUGCAUUCUACUAUUGCGGAUUUGAAUAGUAAGAUAUCUUACUUCAUGGCUGAGAAUGCGACAUUGAGGCAAUUGGGUGCCGGUACGGGAAUAUGUCCGCCGCAGCAUCAUCCGUUGUCUCCGCCGGGAAUGUAUCCUCCCAUGGCUCCGAUGCAUCACCCAUGGAUGCCCUGUCCGCCGUAUAUGGUCAAGCCGCAAGGGUCACAAAUGCCUUUGAUUCCCAUCCCUAGGUUGAAACCGCAGCAACCUGUAUCAGUGUCUAAGUCUAAGAAGUCGGAGAGUAAGAAAAGUGAGCCUAAAACCAAGAAGGUUGCUAGUAUUAGUUUUUUGGGUCUUUUGUUGUGUCUCUUUUUAUUUGGUGCAUUAGCUCCCAUUGUGAACAUUAACUAUGGAGGGAUUAGCGGAGCCCUAUAUGGGGAGUAUAGGUCUGACUACAUUACUAACCAGGUUCUUGAUCAACAUAAAGGAAGAGUUCUGGAUGUCAAUGGCCGUCUGAGUAGAUCUGGCGAUGUCGAUGGUAGUGGUACGGAGUUCUCUAAUAGCAAUGGGGCAAAAUGCAGGAUAGAUACUGAUGGAAGGGCCGGAAAAAGCAUGUCUGUGACUGACCACGUCAUGCCUGCAGGAAAUGAUAGUGAACCGUUAGUUGCAUCACUGUUUGUUCCAAGGAAUGAUAAGCUUGUGAAGAUUGAUGGCAACUUGAUUAUUCAUUCUAUCGUGGCAAGUGAGAAAGCCAUUGCUACGCGAAAGGCUUCUGAAACAAACAAUGAGAGGAAAACCGUUUUGUCAAUUCCGGAAGAUUUUUCUCCUGCGCUGCCUAGACCUGAUGUGGGAAGGAAUGGGGAGUUGGCCAGGGCCAAGGAUUUAUACAGGACUAACAGUGAAAAGCAGAAAGCUCUCUCUUCUGGUCCUGCUGAUAAUCUAAAAGACCAUUUCAAGACAACAGCAGCCAAUGGUAAAAUGCAGCAAUGGUUCCGUGAAGGUCUUGCAGGGCCAAUGUUAAGUUCUGGGAUGUGCACUGAAGUGUUUCAGUUCGAUGUCUCCUCAACCUCGGGAGCCCUCAUUCCUGCUUCCCCAGCCUCCAAUGUCUCCACUGAACAGAGUAAGAACAACACCACUAACACGGACAGGGGAAAGAGCAGACGGAUCCUACGUGGUCUCCCUGUUCCGCUUCCAGGAUCUGGACCUGAAUUCAACCUAACCGAAAACCACACCCGGAAAAGCUCCAGCCAAGAAGGCAUGGGAAAACCCAAACCAGCAGCAGCAGGGUCAUCAAUGGUGGUGUCUGUGCUGGUUGAUCCCAGAGAAGGAGGGGAAGGGGAGGUUGAUGAUGGGAUGAUGGGGCAAAAAUCACUGUCCAGAGUUUUUGUAGUAGUGCUAAUGGACAGAGUGAAGUAUGUAACAUACUCUUGUGUCCUCCCGCGACCAGGAGACGGCCCUCAUCUAGUGACCACUUAGAUAGAGCUCGAGAGAAAAAAGCUAAACGUGUAGCAAUGCAAGAGGCCGUCCUGUCCUGUCCUGUCUUGUCCAUCCACACAGCUCUGUAUUUAAACGUUAAUAAGAAGCUGCUGCUGCUGCUGCUGCUGCAUUAUCAGUGUUAUAGUGUGGCAGCCUAUAUGUUGUGUUGAUCACAGAAAUGGACAGAACAGAACAGACGAUGUAACGCAUUGUGCAAACACAGUUAAAGUUUUUUUUUU